GUUAAACAUCUGGAGUCAGAUUUUGAUGCAGGUCAUAAAUUGUAACAUCAGCCUCAUAAUUCACCAAACAAUUGGCCAUUUAGAAAUUCUUAUGAUGCAUACAUUAGGAACGGUUUUAUUGAGAAUUGUUACUACUACCAAAUUCUGUCCUGUCCUAAGAUUAUUAUUCAUUCCCACGUUUAAAAUGUUGCCAAAAUAUCUAAAUUCAUAUCUUUGUUGCCGAACUUUUCACGUAUUCCUCUGUUGAAUGACACACUUUUCAUGAUUCAUCCAAUCCAUCUUGUCUCUACAUAACCUUUGAGCCACAUACUAUUACUAAACUGAUGUUUUAUCUGAAAAUGUGUUUUAAACCACGGCCUGUGAUUCUUUAUCUCUAAAACUAGCAAAGGUACCUUUAAAAAGGCAUCUAUCUUAUUUUACAUUUAUUACUCAUGUACUUUACUCUGUUUCUAAAGCCUAGUAUAGCAUGAAUUUGUUAAUCCUAUUGGUCUCACUUCCCCUCCUCCUCACAAACUGUCUUUCAAGUGAAAAACUCUCAAGACCAGAUGUGAUCAACAUUGGCGCCAUCUUCACCUUCGGCACAAUCAACGGCCAAGUCGCCAAGAUCGCCAUGAACGCCGCAGUCGAUGACAUAAACUCCAAUCCGUCCAUUCUCGGCGGCACAAAGCUCCUCCUCUCCACGCACGACUCCAACUACAGCGGCUUUCUCGGCAUCAUCGGCGGCCUCCAAUACAUGGAGGGCGACACAGUCGCCAUAAUGGGGCCCCAAUCCUCCGGGAUGGCCCACAUCCUAUCCCACCUGGCGAACGAGCUCCACGUCCCCAUGCUCUCCUUCACGGCCCUCGACCCAAGCCUCUCCUCCCUCCAAUACCCUUACUUCAUCCAAACGGCCCCUAACGACCUCUUCCAGAUGUCGGCAAUAGCCGACACCGUCGCUUACUACGGAUACCGAGAGGUCGUCGCUAUCUACCCAGACGACGAGCACAGUCGAGGCAGUAUGAUUGCCUUAGCUGAGAAGCUAGCUGAUAGACGCUGCAGAAUCACGUACAAGGCGCUUCUCUCGCCCGAGACACUGGCAACUGACGACGAGAUCACUACCCAACUCGUCAAAGUCUCGAUGAUGGAGUCACGAGUGAUCGUGGUCCACGCUUUUUCCGCGGUCGGUGUACGGAUUUUCGAGCUCGCCUCUCGUCUAGGGAUGGUCGACAGAGGGUACGUUUGGAUAGCCACGGCGUGGCUAUCCACCGUGCUCGACUCCACGCGCGUCUCCGCAAAACUGGCAGAGUCGAUUCGAGGAGUCGUCGCGUUCCGUCCCCACACGCCCGAUUCGGAGGCGAGGAGGGCGUUUUUGGAAAGGUGGAGGGACGAGUUGAGCGUUAACGGCUCCAUAGGGCUCAACCCUUACGGCUUAUACGCUUACGACACGGUUUGGACGGUCGCGAACGCGGUCAAAAAGUAUAUGGACGGCGGCGGGAAGUUUACUUUUUCGAAUGACACUAUUUUUAACGGGUUCGGGACGCGGGCCUUGAAUUUGGGCUCGUUGAAUAGGUUUGAUGGGGGGAAAGAGUUGCGGAGGAAGAUAUUGGAGACGGAGUCCGUGGGGCUCACGGGGAGGAUCGCGUUUGACGAGGAUAAAUCGGUUUUGCGUCCGGCUUUUGACGUGUUGAAUGUGGUUGGGAGGAGUUACAGGCGGGUAGGGUAUUGGUCGAACUAUUCAGGGCUUUCGGUUCUGCCUCCCGAGAUUCUUUACGCGAGGGCUCCUAACCGGUCGAAGUCUAACCAACGGCUGCAUGACGUAAUGUGGCCGGGGUUAACCACGGUUAAGCCGCGCGGGUGGGAUUUUCCGCGCAAUGGGAGGAGGUUGAGAGUUGGGGUUCCAGAUAGGGUGAGUUACAAGGCUUUCGUGUCGAAGGAUGAUCGGACGGAUGAGAUUCGAGGGUAUUGUAUAGAUGUGUUUGUUGCUGCAAAAGACUUGUUGCCAUACCCGGUCAUGUUCGACUUCUUCUUGUUCGGGGAUAAACGCAAGAAUCCGAGCUAUGCUGAGCUAACCGAUAUGGUGGCAUCCGAUGCGUUUGAUGCAGCUGUUGGUGACAUUGCAAUCGUGACCAACCGUACCAAGAUUGUGGAUUUCACGCAGCCAUAUAUAGAGUCCGGGCUUGUUGUAGUGGCGCCUGUGAGGAAGUUGAACUCGAGCCCAUGGGCUUUUUUGAGCCCGUUUACUCCCUCAAUGUGGGCCGUUACUGGGGCAUCUUUCUUUACUGUAGGGUUUGUAAUUUGGAUUCUGGAACACAAGGUCAACGAUGAAUUUCGGGGGCCACCAAAGAAACAAUUCAUCACAAUUGUAUGGUUUGGCUUCUCAACUAUGUUCUUUGCUCACAGAGAAAACACGAUGAGCACGCUUGGGCGCAUGGUCCUCAUAAUCUGGAUGUUCGUGGUGCUGAUAAUCACAUCAAGCUACACCGCCAGCCUGACCUCCAUCCUCACUGUCCAACAGUUGGCUCCCUCCAUAACUGGCAUCGAGUCCCUCAUCGCGGGUCGGGCCCGGGUCGGGUUCCAAAUCGGGUCCUAUGCUCAGAACUACAUGACCGAGGAGCUCAACAUUGACCCCUCCCGCCUCGUCCCGCUCGGCUCCCCGGAGGAGUGCGCCACCGCCCUCAGGAGCGGCCGUGUGGCUGCGGUGGUCGACGAGCGGCCCUACGUCGACCUUUUCCUCUCCAACAACUGCAUGUUUCAGGUCGUCGGCCGCCAGUUCACGCGCUCUGGCUGGGGUUUCGCAUUUCCUCGAGACUCUCCCCUAGCAAUGGACAUGUCGACUGCCAUCCUUACGCUCUCGGAAAACGGUGACCUUCAAAAAUUGCACGACAAGUGGCUCAACAACGGCGUUUGCCAGGUGGCCAACUCGGCUAACUUAGAUCAGCUCCAGCUGAAGAGCUUCUGGGGGCUGUUUCUCCUGUGCGGGGCCGCGUCCGUGGCGGCCUUAGCCGUCUACUUUGGGUCGACUCUGUACAAGUUCAAGCGCUCGUAUUUGCCUCAACAGCAACAAUCUUCUUUGCAAAGCAGCUCAAAGUCGGUGAGAAUUAACAAGUUUCUGUCUUUUGUGGAUCGAAAGGAGGAGGAGCUAGGGGAGGCAGGAAGCAAGAGGAAGAGAAGGCAUUCGGAGAUGGUUUCUAGGGAACGAUGCGUGUCCAACGGGAUUACAAGGACUGAGUUCGAUGGUUAAUUAAUGUUGGUAUCUAGAUUUUAUAGAUUAUAUUGGGGUUGAGUAGUAAAAAUAGUUAGUGUGUUUGAAGUUGAUUGGUAUACUUCUUAUGCAAAGGAGUUUUAAAGUGUUAUUUUAUAUACAUAUAUAUAGAUGCACUCAAAUGAGAAUGGAUCACAAUGAGAGAAAUAAGAAUUAAUACGGACCGAUCGAUCCAAUAUUUGAACGAACCAGAUGCGCUCACGCAUUUUAAAUACAUGUUCACUUACCGGUGGCAUUCUCGUAAUAAGGCUUAAAUGAUGUGGUUAAUAGUGCAACUGUGAGGGUACUCCCGUCUUUCCACAAAAAGCAAUGGGCAAUUGAUGUCUUCGAGCACAUUCAUUGAGGCAGUAAAUACGGCUCGUCUUCCUGGGCUCCAGAGAUAACGUAUGGAGAUGGUGGAUUUAUGGUAAGAAAAUUUCUUCAAAAAGAAAAUAAAAAUCUAGCAUUCUUGUAGAGGAUGAAGAGCAUCUCGUAAUAUCUAUGUAUUUCUCG